UAUUCCAAUACGCGUUAACCAAACAAGGCGGGGUAAAAUAAAGGAACAAAACAGACUGAUACAAUCAUUCUCUUGACGAGCAAACAAAGCUUAUCCAAAUGAAACAUGCCAACCAACAACCACCACCUCGUCGGCCCAACGUGCCGGCUGCAACCUGACACGGAUCCUUCCUACCCCGGCUCUUCCACCACCAUCUCAUUACCUGGCUGUGACUCAGACCUACUGUUCUUUUUGCCUUAUGCUGCGCUUCCUACCAAGUCAAACUGCCACUGCUGCGUCGGCAGGUUCCGGUUUUCCUCCCGUAGAUCAGCAAGUGAGGGUGACGAGGCUGCUCUGGGUGAGUGACUUGAAGAUCUAAUCUGACAUCCGUUUGAUCCAACGAUUGACAACAAUAACUUGUUCCCUCUAUGUCUUCCACAGCGCUCCACUUUGCCCUAAGCCCCACCUACCCUACCUACCACCAGAUACCCACCUCACCUCACCUUGGCUACUGAGCCUUGCGUUGACUUGUGCCUGACUUCUUCAUCAAUCAGAACAAAGAAAAGAUUUGUGCUUUCCCAAAAUCUACCCAGAAGCUCGCCAAGAAGUCUGCAUCUGCAGAGAAGACACAGAGUUCAAUAAACUACAACAUCUCGUACACUACAUCCUCUUUCUCCAACCUGUAAGCCCAAAGCUCAGAGACCUCCAUCAUCAACAUGGCUUCAGAAGUCAAUGGCUCAUGUCUCUGCGGAGCCGUCAAUAUCUACGUCGCUGGUGAUCCUCUCGAGGUGCGCCUCUGCUACUGCACCGACUGCCGCAAGGUCUCAGGCGGCACCAACAGCGUCAACUGGUGCGUGCAGUCGAGCCAGGUCUCGAUCGAGGCGGAGGGCGGCGUGUCGCUGUCAUCCAUCACCGUCAAGGCCGACUCGGGCGCCUCCAUGACGAGCUUCUUUUGUCCCAAGUGCGGCACCACGCUCUACCGCCAGAGCACCGCCUAUCGCGGCUUGCUCUUCGUCAAGGCCGGCGUCUUUGACGACCACGUCCUGGACACCCGCAGGCCCCAGGUCGAGGCGUACAUCAUGCACAGGCCCGUGUGGAUUUGUGCCCUUGCCGGAACGCAGCAGAAGCAUGAGGGUUGAUUGUGAUGGGUGAUGGGAUUUCACAUUGAGAACUUUCCUCUGUACAUUUGCAUCUUCUCUUCUUCUUGUUUUCUGUAUCUCUCAUAUGGGCUUUAGAUGAUGGCAUGGGAUGAAGUACGAUCGGUUAUGAUUGGUGGAGCGGAACCAUGUUGCUGCGUUGCAAGCCUGCGCAGAAGGGUUGACUAGUGAUGGGCUGGAGGAAAUUUUGGGAGAACAGAACCAUUCAGAAAUCCGAG